AUGAACGAGACAGAACGAAGAAAUCUUGUUUAUGAAGAUGGUUUACCAAUAUACGAUAUUAUCUACCAGUGCAAACGCUAUGAGGAGUACUGCUGUGGCUUGGACUGUUGUCGAAUAUAUGACCUGGAACACCCUGUGACGACACCACCAUGGCGCAGACCUCGAUGGAACACAGCCGCCAUGUGCACUGCACCCACAGUUCUUCUACUUAUGAUAGCAGUAUUUGGCUAA